ACACAAAACAGCUGCCGAUAAACAAGAACAACAACAAGAACAGUACUAUACAAUUUCCGAACAAUGGACGCUUCUGACUGUGAGCUUCGUAUAAUGAUGCUGGGUUGCAUGCGUGAGAAUGCGACCAAUAUGCGUUUGGAGCAUCAGAAUUUGCGGGAUCGCAUUCAAAACGCAUUGGAGCGUGCACGCGCCAGCCUGGUCACCAUCGAAUCAUUGACCGAGAAACUCAAGGAAAUGAAACAGACCGUCCAAACUGCUCUGGACCGCCUGGAUGAGCAUGUGGCUGAGAAUGACGUUGCUGCCGUCGAGCACAACGUGUCUGAACAGUCUUCGGCAGAGCCCUUACAGAUUGAAGGCGAGUUGGCCGAGCCAGCAGAGAACGAGGCCGAACAAAUGGCUCAGUUGUAAUACAAGAAAAUGAAGAAUGCGAGCUUACUUCCGCUUUAAUUGGCUGGGAAACCUACGUAAGCUCUACAUAGUUAAGAAACUCGCACAAAUGAUGGCUUGGGCGCAACUUCAGGACAGUUAUGGAUUGAGGCUGGAUUUGAAAACUAACACAAGAUAAAUUCAAACUGUUCGUUCACAUUGCUGCCAACUGGUAGCUUAUAUAUUUUUUAAUGUUCAACAAUUGUUAAGAAUUAAAGAGCAGAAUGAUACA